AAAGCUCUUGAAAAGACAUGACAUUAGCAACCCCUGUAACGCGCCAGUGAAAUUCGAACUACCUUUUUCUCAAAAGAAGAGACAGUCCACAUGAAACCUUCAAAAUUUAGGUGAGAUCCGGUCGGAUUUCACUCGUCAUCAGGAUAUAGAGAGGGAGGAAAACGUCUGUUUAUUUUGAGAAAGAAGGUCCGAACAGGUUGGUUCAAACCAUCCCUUAAGAGCUACAAACAACGGCAAAGCAACAAUAACAACAGAAUAUUGCAACAGGUAUUUGACAUGUUAAGCACUUGGAAGAAAACGUAACGAAGAACUUACUGAAAAACAAUGAUAAGUUACACUUAUCAAAUUUUGUGGAAAUUCACCUGAAAACGCUUUUAUUACAGUCCGGAGUGUCACGCUGUCCUCUUCUAAAGCAUUCUACAUCUCAAUGGAAGUGAAGUUCAUCUUCAGAGCGGGAAACUAAAAUCAACAACUGGAUAGCAAAUAUUGGCAACAAAUAUUAAGAUAAAAAUAUGUUUCCUAGCGGUAAUCUGUUAAGCGGCUCUAUAGCGGUCUUAGCCAUCGCGUUCGCAAUAUUCCAGGCUCAACCCGCGCCUCCCCAGUCACCACUGCUAUACCAAUGGGAGACUAUUGAUGGGAAAAUAACUCGAUUUGACAACAAAUAUAACAUCUUCUAUAAAGAUAUAAGUGGGCAAGUGAACAACAGUGAAAUUCUCCUUGUUCUGCAUGGAUUUCCGACUUCUAGUUUCGACUUCUAUCUCAUGAUUAAUGGUCUGAGAAAGACGUUUCAGCGUGUUAUUCUUAUCGACUUCCUCGGAUUUGGCUACAGUGAUAAACCGCGAGAUCACGCAUACUCAAUUUCAGAGCAGACAGACAUUGCUGAGCAUGUCCUCUCGGUGCUGGGCAUACAUGAAUUCCAUAUUCUUGCCCAUGAUUAUGGUGACACGGUCGCUCAGGAGUUUCUCGCCAGAGAACUGGAGAGUAGGUCCUCACGGCCCCGUAGCUAUAGUGUAAAGUCGGCAGCUCUUCUAAAUGGAGGCCUUUUUCCAUCAACUCACCGGCCUACCUGGACACAGAGCCUCCUCAGAGCGCCUUUAUUUGCUCCUGUGAUAGCCAGAUUUGCUAAUCGAUGGUUGUUCGGAAACUCUCUUAAUCAGGUGUUUGGGCAAAAUCAACUAACUUCGGACGACAUUAAACAGCUGUGGUAUCUUGUUCGCUACAACAACGGCUACAGAGCCUGGCCCAGGCUUCUUUCAUAUAUUGAUGAGCGGCAAACUUCAGAAACGCGCUGGACAAAUGCUCUCCAGCGUGCUAAAAUACCACUGUGUGUUUUCUACGGUCCUGCGGAUCCUGUAAAUCCACCACCGUAUUUCGCAGAGCAUUAUAACAAGGUUAUCCCUCGGCCGUGCAUUGAGACUUUCCCCGACGAUAUUGGACAUUACCCGCAGUUGGAAGAUCCUGAAGCUUUGAUGCAGAAAUACGUACGAUUCUUGAAAACGCGGGUAAAAAUUCACGUAGAUGAGACACAAGUGAAAGUGAUUAUUCCAGAAAAGCUAGCAGCGCCACAUCCCAUCACAGAAUAAUGAUGAACCUGAUUUAAUAAGCGUCAACACAUCUCAUAGGCACUUUGGCCGGUAUGAAAUGGAUACCCGAACUUUACCCGUUAUCCACGGCUUCAGAUGAAUCAAAAGUGUCGCAAACUUCCAAUGCAAAUGGUUUUAGAGAUGAGUUGGCGGAGUAUAAUAACUGAAGCCGACAGGUACAAAAUGAAAAAUAAUAUUACAGGCCGAGCGUUGUGUAGUACAGAACCACUCACCCUAAAAGAAUUUCGUACCUUUAAUACUGUCUUAUGUCCAACGCUAGAGUAUUAAUGAAGACGUACGUUACACAUCGUAAGUACAUAAGAUUUUUGCUAUUUGGAAAACCCAUAGUGUGUGCUGUACGACACAAAUUACUAAACGACACUGAGGUACUUUACCGUAUCUUGAAUAUUUAACCUUAAAUAAGCGUGGCAGAAGUGAUUUUGGCCAAGCAAACUGUGGCCAAAUAAUUAAAUACCUUUAAUACACGAAUACUGCCGAAGCAGUAUCUUACUACUCGUUUGGGUGAUAUAUAAGUAUUGACAAAGAAGGUCGCAUCUCUCCGACUCACGAUCCAUUUCGACGAUCGUACCGUGCAUAAUACGUUGGUUUAGUACUAUCGAAUGCGCACACGUUUGUUGACGAAAUGUAAAAUCCAGUUGCAUUUUCUACGGUUACGAACUUCUGUUAAUGGUAAAUCACAGCCACCAGAAUAACUAGAUAGAGACCAAAAAUGAUUCAUCUAAGUUAACUGAAAUUUUCCUAAGUUAAAUAUAUGACCGCCAAUGUAUAUACGGUCAAGAUAAUUUUGACAUUUUUCACACUGUACACCGACGUCUUACCUUCUUUUGUUUAUCAUAUUAUAAAAUACGUCUCGGUAUCAGGCCGAUACCAACGACCAAUGCAGAAUUUUAAUAGAUAAAUGUAUACUAUGGUAGCUAAUAAAUCCGUACAAAUAUAUAAUUUUUGUAAACCGCCAUUAAUCCUGAACAUGUCAUUCGCAUACAUUUAGUAAAUACAGUACUAUUGUUAACAGGUUUAUAUAAACGUUGAUAUUUAUGAUAUGUAUUUGAUUCUAACAGACACCUAUUUGAUAAGUUGGAGGGUAAAAUCAGUUUUAAUUGUUGUGGGUUUGCUGAGAGUUAUUUUACUUAUCAGACAUUAUUAAUUUAUGUUUCUUAUAACAUAGCAACAACAUUGCUCAUGUUAAGGUGUCUAUAAACACUGAACUGUACCCUAUUGUUCGAUGUAUCUAGACAUCUUAGCAGUAAUAGCUUUUUUGAAAAAUCCGUUAAGUAACGAAAGAUAAGGCUUUCGUUACAUUCGAUUAGUUACAGAUAUUAAACAGAACAUGUCGUUUGUCAAAUUAACUGCCUGCUUAAUACCAGGCUAACAUGAAUACCGGAAAAUUCGUGUGAAGGAAAAAGUUCUUUACUGUGAGUGAACACUGCAACAGCCCAGAAUAUUUCUGGCAGUGUAGCUUAAAUAAAUAAUAGCUUUAAUUAUCUCCGCCAUUGUAGGUUCUCCCUUCUUAUGUGUUGAAUUGAAAAAAGUCUUUAGGCGCCAUAAAGCGAGGUGCCACCAUACUGUUCCAUAAAAACAGUAAACACUAGAUGUUUACCUACAGUUUCCACUGUUAGAGCCACUGAAUCAUUUUUCACUAACAUCUAUAUUCUGAGACUGAGAUACAAGUUCAUUUUGUAUUAGAAUCCCUCUUGCCUUUGAGAACGGUAACAUCGAGGCGGACGUUUGGAGGAUGUGGCACGUUUUCAAAACAUUCCCUUCGUUUGCAAGCCAAUAAAUUGCCGACUGUCAUGUUGUUUGAAAAAAACCACCUUAAUUAUCGAGUGAUGCUUAUACUGCCAUCCUGUAAACUAACUCAAUUUGCCGGCCCCCAUGUAGCAAGUAUAAUUUCGAAAUUUCCCUACGCCUAUACAUUGUGCAGAUAAUGACGUGCGUUCCAUCUAUUCAUCUGAUUAACUUCAUUGUUUUGCAUCAUGCGCAUCAAAUGAGACUUUCAUAUAAAGCGGUGCUACGGCCAAUAUAUGAUUUUGUAUAUAAAAUAACUUAUGCUAGUUAUGCUCUUUACACACGGGGACUUAGAAAAAUAAGAGACAUUUUCAUAUUUCUACCGCCGACCACUAUGCCUCUACUUGCAUUAUUAUGCAAUAUUUU